AAUCAAGCAGCAUUUAUGAUUAUCCUGCAAUAAAAGCAGAUUUCUCUGGAGGUUCUCAGGAUGUGUCCGUGCUGUGGCUCGUAUCUGACGUGUGCAGACGUGUGGAGAGAGAUCGGGACAGAAGAGGAGGAUCAGAGCACAGUCAGGAUGGACAUCGAGCUCUUAGAAGAGCAAUACAGCUCCAUCAGAGAGAAACAGAGACGACAGACUCAGGUCAUCUGCUUCAAGAACGCACAAAACAAUGAAGAGAUAAGUGGCAUGAAUCUAGUGGACGUGGUUCCUUUAACAAAAGCAGCAGAAACUCUGUCUGAGUCUGACAGCGGUGUGUGGCGCUCACAUCUGGAGCUGCACCGCAUUAAACACACGCCUGAAGAAACCGAGCACAGAAAUAAUCACAGGGCAGCGUCUACAGAAGCCUCCAGCUCCAGCUCCGAGUCAGGCUCGAACCCUGGGGAACACCAUCAGAAGAUCUCCAGGAAGUUCUCAGCUCCAGCGGUUCUGAGUUAUCGCUCCACACCCGCAGGCUCCAGAUAUUACCCCUUCCCUCAGAGGAAAAGCCUGAGCAGAUCAGAGACGGCCAGGAGACUGGGACUCUACGCCUCGCUCUAAUGAGGAAAUAUGAGCCAACAACCAGGAAACACAAUCCUAAACAAACCUUCCUCCAGAAUACUUCUUCAAAGUCAUCUGCUGUUUAAUAAAGUUCUCCAAACAGAAGCACAAACAUAUUAUUCAUGAAACACUGUAGCGGGACGUUAACGUUUUUGAAAUGUUACUAGUUGUUUCAGAACGUUCGAAAGUAACGUUUUCAUAACAUUAGAAAAACAUUCUGAGAACAUAACAGAAAUUUAGAUUUUUAGUUUUGAAAUGUUUCUGAAAAGCUUUCUUGCCAUGAUCAGAAUGUUUUUUAUAGGUUACAAAAACAUUUUUACAAUGUUCUAUAAGGUAAUAAGAACGUUCCAUAAGCAUUAUUUUAAAACUGUUUUGUUCUGACAUUCAUAUCACUUAAAAAAUAUAUAUAAUAAUUAAAUAUGAACAUUAGCUAAAUGUUCAUAGAAAAAAAAAUC